CAUUAAUCUGUGCAGCCUGAACCUCCUCACAGCCUGAGUUUUUAGGAAGGUCUGCAAGACAAGGAGAGUUGCUGUAUACAUUUUUCUUCACUGGUUCUCUCUCAGGUUAAAGUUGUAGGAUGGGGAUGGCGGCGGUUUUUGUCGUUUUCUGUUGCACAAUAGUGUCUCUAGCGCUGCCUGUUACAGCUAACGGAGAUUAUUUUAAUGGGCACUUCGCAGCGUACUCGCCAGGAAUCAUUCAUGAUGUCUGGCGUGUUCCUGACCUCGCAAAACAUUUCCUGAAUGAAAUUCCUCAGCCUCACAAUUUUGAUGGAUUUGUACCGGUGUUCCCAAUGCAAUAUGCUAUUCAGGCCCUACUGGAAAGUUUUUCAUUAAGGAUCAUGAAUUCAUCUUGGAGCGGUCCAGCAGAUACUAAUGUGUUCCACAAAGGAGAGCAGUUGUAUCUGCAGGUGUCUGCCUCACCUGCACCUGGUCAACAGCUUUAUGUCCAGUCCUGCCAUGCUUCCUCUUCUCUAAACCAUGCAGACAAACCUGAAGUCGCCCUUAUCAUUAACAAAGGAUGUGUGGCCUCCAAAGAGUCCUUGGUGAGGUUUGUGUUGCAACAGCGUGACCGAGUAAAUUUGGUUGUUCGUACAUCCACCUUCAAGUCUUCUGAGAGUUACAUUCACUGCAGAGUCUAUCUUACUGAUUUGGGUCUGACCUCUACCACUAAAUUCUGCAACUACAACAAGCUUAAGUCCAGAUGGGUUGACCUGGGUGGCCAAACCUCAGUAUGUGAUUGUUGUGGGAGAAGGUGCAGGAGCUUAACUGAGCAUGCAGAACUGCCUGUUUCUCUAGACCUGACUGCAGUAGUAAGCACUGGCCCACUGAUUAUCAAAGCUCAACAAUCUGCUCCACAAGCCACACUGCUGGCACUGUCAGACUACAGCACUAAGUCUAGCCCUACAGCCAGAGACGACUCUGAUAAAAGAUGGAUCGUAGCAGGUGACUCUUUCUCUGCGAGCUCAAUGCAAAAUGUUGGCAAUGUCUCCCCCUGGCCUGUCCAACGUGGCUUUGGAGGAGGUGUGGUGGUCAUCAGCCAGGGUCUGGGAGGUGAUUUAGCAAUGUGGCUACCAGACAUCUUGGAGCUUGAGUUAAACCCAGUGGUGCAGAUGGGGAUUGGUUAUCCAGAAAAUCCUGUUGUUGAUAUAACCUUUCAAAAUGGUGAGCUCUUUAGAAAGCUGAAACCAGAUGAAAGCUCUGAGAAGAGUCCGGUAGUUGUUGUGGAUGAAGGACAAGCUUAUGUAGAAGCUGUGAAUUCACAUGAUGUUGUAAAGAAUGGGUUGGCCAUGUGGCAACUUGAUGAUGUUGACCACUUGUAUAAGAUUCAGGAAAAACCUGUUGUGACCGCAGCAGCUCACCUAGAACCGCCUCAACUGAAUCUUGAAUCUGAAUUUGACUUCCCUCCAAAUGACCAGCCAUUGAUCAGCCCUACUCCAGGUAAGCUCUCCGAGAGUGCUGAGGAUGGAGAAGUUGUAUUCAGACAGGCCGAGAUGGUCUUUAAAAGCGCUAAAGGAGCCAAGUUAUCAGAGCCAGUUCUCUACUCUAAACUGAGUCUGAAUCGAGCUGUAAAUGGAUCCAGUUUUCUCAAUUAUGAAGAACAGAAGAGGCCCAGCAUGAACAAACAGGACAAUAAGAGACUGGAGAGGAAUGGCGAGAAAAGUCAAAAGGAUGAGCUGGUGGAGGGUACCUCUAAAAUUAAAAGCCUGGUUUCAUCCCUAUUGGAUCAACUGAGAAGACUGUGGACUGUGCAGUGACCCGUUUUUCAUCAUGCCUUGGUGUGAAGUGAUUUAUGUAUUUGGACUUUCAACCUAAAUAAAGUUGUUUUUCCUGAUUAGA